AUGAAUAGUUCAGUCGGAGACGAGAAGGGUCAGAGUCCUACCUACCAAAAGGGCGACAAAAAUGUGGAAGUGGAGUAUUUGGCGCAGGAGCCGGUGACUUCGUCGUCGGGGUCGCACCAGCCAGAUAGCUCGGGCGAUGGCAGGACGACGUUCGGCAGAUUUGUGGACUCGUUCAGGAGAGUUGAGCUCCCGGAGCUGGACCCAAAUUUGACGGAGGCUGAGAGAAUCGCGAUUGCGACGGCCAGAUCGCCUCUGCAGCACCACUUGAAGAAUAGACACUUGCAGAUGAUUGCCAUCGGUGGUGCCAUUGGUACGGGUCUUUUCGUUGGUAGUGGUACGGCUCUGAGAACAGCUGGGCCCGCGGGUAUUCUGAUUGGUUGGGGGCUGACUGGUACUAUGAUUUACUGUAUGGUUAUGGCAGUUGGUGAGUUGGCUAUUGUGUUCCCUGUUUCUGGUGGUUUCACCACGUAUGCCACCAGAUUUAUCGAUGAAUCGUUUGGUUUUGCAAACAACUUCAAUUAUAUGUUGCAAUGGCUGGUGGUUCUACCGCUGGAAAUCGUGUCUGCGUCUAUUACUGUUAACUAUUGGGGUACGGAUCCUAAAUACCGUGAUGGUUUUGUUGCGUUGUUUUGGGUUGUCAUUGUGGUCAUCAAUCUGUUCGGUGUUAAAGGUUAUGGUGAAGCAGAAUUUGUCUUUUCGAUCAUCAAAGUUAUCACGAUUAUUGGUUUCAUUAUUCUUGCCAUCGUUUUGAUUUGUGGUGGUGGUCCAGGUAACGAAGGCUACAUAGGCGCUAGAUACUGGUACCACCCUGGAGCUUUUGUGGGCCCCAAUCAUGGUGUCCAAUUCAAGGGUUUGUGUACAGUCUUUGUUACGGCCGCUUUCUCUUUCGCUGGUAGUGAGUUAGUUGGUUUAGCAAGUUCUGAAGCCGAAAACCCAAGAAAGUCUGUUCCAGGUGCAGCAAAGCAAGUUUUCUGGAGAAUUACUUUAUUCUACAUCAUCUGCUUACUACUGAUUGGUAUGUUGGUUCCAUAUGAUGAUCCUCGUUUGAUUGGUGCUUCUUCUGUCGAUGCUGCAGCCUCUCCUUUUGUUAUUGCUAUUGUUACCCACGGUAUCAGAGGUCUACCAAGUGUUGUCAAUGUCGUUAUUUUGAUUGCUGUUUUGUCUGUUGGUAAUUCUGCUAUUUACUCCUGUUCAAGAACUCUAGUUGCUUUAUCUGAACAGGGUUUUUUGCCAAAGAUUGUCUCUUACAUUGACCGUUCAGGUAGACCAAUGGUUGGUAUCAUUAUUAGUUCCGCUUUUGGUUUGAUUGCUUUUGUUGCUCAAUCUCCAAAGGAAGGUGAUGUUUUUAAUUGGUUGUUAGCUCUAUCAGGUCUAUCUUCUCUAUUUACUUGGACAGCAAUUUGUCUAUGUCAUAUUCGUUUCAGAAGAGCUUUGGCUGCUCAAGGUAGAUCCACAGAUGAACUGCCAUUUGUCUCCCCAGCUGGUGUUGUUGGUUCUUAUUGGGGUAUGUUCAUGUGUAUACUGAUGCUGAUUGCUCAAUUUUACAUUGCUAUAUUCCCAUUGGGUGAUACACCAAAUGCAGAGGCUUUCUUUGAGGCAUAUCUAUCUUUCCCAAUCGUUAUUGCCUUCUAUAUUGGCCACAAGAUCUGGAGGAGAAAUUGGAAAUUGUACAUUAAGGCUGAGGAUAUGGAUAUUGACACAGGUAGAAGAGAAGUUGAUCUUGAUCUACUGAGACAAGAAAUUGCAGAAGAAAAAGCUGCUAUUGCUGCAAGACAAUGGUGGUACAGAUAUUGGAAAUUCUGGUGUUAA